AUGCAGCUCCUUUCGACUCUUGCAUUCUUGGCAGUCGCCGUCCAGUGCGCAGUUGCUGCGCCCGAGCGCAAUCUGCUGCGGUCGGGCUACGACAGGCCGAUAAACUUCUCCGACCUGGCGGACCUGAAAACUGCGGCCAGCAACCCAAUGACGCAUCAGCAGCCGACGCACGCAUCGACCACUACGCCAUACACUCCCAAGGGCGAGGUUUCCGGCGCGGAUGCGUCACCGCAUGAUAAAAAGAGCGGCGAGGACGGCAAGACCAAGGUUGAGACGGACUCGACAACGCUUGCCAGGAGAAGCGGGCUGCAGUCUGUCAUGGCAGGUAAGGGCGCCGGAAAGGAUGGGGAGCGGCCAACUAAGAGCCGUAGCGGGACGGAUGCAACGAAGACUGUAUCUGGAGUCACGAAGAACAGUGCGAAGCCUUCCAAUGCGGUGAAAAGUCAACCGUCCUCGACCAACAGCCGUAUGAAGGCGUACUCGUUGCUCACGAAGAGCGAACUCCCAGAAGAGCGGUCGAUGGCUAACCCGAAGAAGCGACCCACUCCGAGAACGCAGGGUAAGUACUACUAA